AUGCCACAUAUCGAUAAUAAUAUAAAACUUGAUUUUAAGGAUGUUCUUAUUCGUCCAAAACGCUCAACAUUAAAAAGUCGUGCAGAUGUCGAUCUAACACGUCAAUUUCUAUUUCGCAAUAGUAAAAAGACUUAUGAAGGCAUUCCCAUCAUGGCAUCGAAUAUGGAUACUGUUGGGACAUUUGAAAUGGCUUCACAAUUAUCAAAACUACAAAUAUUUACAACUGUUCAUAAACAUUAUACAGUCGAACAAUGGAAAGAAUUCGCUGAAGGCAAUAAAGAAAUACUUUCUAACGUUGCAAUAUCAACUGGUAUGACAGAAAAUGAUUUUAAAAAAUUACGUGACGUUAUAACCGCAAUACCAGAAAUCGAGUAUAUUUGUGUUGAUGUUGCUAAUGGUUAUUCCGAACAUUUUGUUGAGUUCGUUCGAUACGUCCGAAAGGAGUUUCCUGAUAAAACAAUCAUUGCAGGAAAUGUUGUUACAUGUGAAAUGGUUGAAGAACUUAUUCUAAGUGGAGCUGAUAUUGUUAAAUGUGGUAUCGGACCAGGAAGUGUCUGUACAACACGUUUGAAGACGGGUGUUGGUUAUCCUCAAUUAUCAUGCAUUCUUGAAUGUGCCGAUGCUGCUCAUGGACUUGGCGGCCAUAUUGUUAGCGAUGGUGGUUGUACAAACCCGGGUGAUGUAGCUAAAGCUUUCGGAGCUGGUGCUGAUUUUGUCAUGCUGGGUGGCAUGUUUGCUGGUCAUGAUGAAAGUGGUGCAGGCGAUAUAAUUGAACGUAAUGGGCGUAAAUUUAAACUAUUUUAUGGCAUGUCAUCAAAAACGGCUAUGGAUAAGCAUUCUGGUGGUGUUGCAGAAUAUCGCGCGUCUGAAGGUAAAACAGUUGAAGUGCCCUAUCGAGGAAGUGUUUUAAACACUGCACAAGAUAUAUUAGGCGGAGUACGCAGUUGUUGUACUUAUGUAGGUGCAAGUAAAUUAAAAGAACUAAGUCGUCGUACAACAUUCAUUCGCGUCUCUCAACAAUUAAAUGAAAUUUUUACACCAAAUACAGUGCAACAUUAA